AUGGCUCUGACCCAUCCAAAAUCUCAAUCCCUCAACCAAACCCUCUCCGUCCUCGAAUGUGCCCUCAUUAGAGUUGCUAGCAGCAGAAUCACUGGCACAUUCAUCUAUGUCUUUCUCCACUCCCUUGACACCAUCGAAAUCAAGAUGCAAACUGAAGGUGUCUUAUAUAUUUACAAAAGUAAUCGUGACUCAAAUUUGCGUCCUGCUGCUGAUUUGAUGAUAGGGAGAAUACCUGCAAAAGGCACUCCGAUGAUAAAGUUAGGAUUCGGUUCUGAGGGUACCGGCCUAGUAUGCCGAGUAGGUAUUCGGUUUCUUUUUGCUGAUGGUGGAACCGAGUUGAUUCCUUUCCCAGUACAGAUAGUAUGGAAUAAUCAGCAGUUCCAAGGAACUAUACAGGGGGCAAGAGAAGAAUGUUCUGGAAUCCAUUAUGAGCAAGAGCAGCUGGCAUCUGAUAUUGCAAAUAUGCUGGAAAACUGGCUAUUUAUUGAUGCUGCUUCAAAGGAGGAAUAUAUGAACCUGGACACAUUGAUAAAAAGAUUGGAAACUCAACUCAAUAAGUUGCAUGCAACUAAAUACAGUCACAAGAAUUUAAACGGUGUUUCACAGGCUAAUGUUAUCAAAUAUCUGCAUUCAACAGUUUGUUGCAAAGGGACAUGCACUUGUGAACAGUAUAGCAAGCUGCUAUUACAUUUUGAUGGUUGUCGAUGUGAUGAUUGUCAAAUAUGUUAUUCCUUGAAAUUGCGUGGCACUGAUAUUCUUGAGCAUCAAUUUGAAUUUCCAAAUAGCGUAAUUACGGGUUCUGUUGUGGGAGAAAAUGAUGCCCCUUCUGUUAGUUCUGAAGCCAUGCUACCACCUAAAAAAAGAAGAAAAAUGGAAGGUGCUUUAGGUGUCUCUUUAAUUAAUAAUGCAAGUUCUGAUCAAUUGACUCCAAAAAUGGUUCAACCUUGUUCUUCUGAAGCACUUUCAGAAUUUCAGCAGCACCCAGAACCUCCUCUCUCUUCUAUCUAUUCUGAAGUUACAGAGAGUAAUGUGAAAGAAUUUACAAUUUCAAAUCCAAUGCUUGAUUCGAUAAGCAAUGUUGAGACAAAGAACAAUGUUAUUGAUGAUACAGUUGGGCAGACUUUCAAGAUUGAAACAGUUAUCUCUAAAGGCUUAGAACCUGAUCAUGUAUCAGAGGAACCGGACUUCAAAAGCCAUGAUGUGAAAGCCAACAGCAACUUGAAAGAAACUGUUGUUGGAUCCAAUGCCAAUAUGCAUAGUCUCUGCAAAGACCCUAGGCCUGCAGAUAUAGAGCACAUACAAGGCAGGACCAGGUUCAACAAGGUAAAUGGUACAAAGAGAGUCAUUGAGCCAAAAGCUGAUCAAGACAAGGAAACAAGGUCCUCAAAUCCAACAGUUAAUACUGUUUCCUUAACAGAUUUUUUCACGAGUAAUCAAUUAAUGGAACACAUUAUGAGUCUAAGAAGGCAGUUUGUUCAGAAUCCCACUGAUGAAGAACCAGAAAAUGCUGAUUACAUAUGCCAAUUAUGUGAAAUGGGACAGCUUUAUUUUGCCCAAAUUCCAAUUUAUUGCUAUUGUUGUAGCAGCCGCAUCAAGGAAAAUGCAAACUAUUACCAAAGCAGAGGAGUAGAAUCUGACACACAUCAUUGCUUUUGCACUGUGUGCUAUAAAAAUUCUCGAGGCAGUCACAUCACAUUCAAUGGGACAUCUGUUUCCAAGUCACUUCUUGAUAAAAUGGAAAAUAGUGAAGCAUCAGAUGAACCGGCUUUAGUUGCAGAAAAUCUUUCUGUUAGAGUAGUGCUGUCUGUUGACAAACAAUUGAAAGUGAAGAAAGAAUUUAUGGACAUCUUUCCAGAGGAGAAUUACCCUGCUGAGUUUUCUUAUACAUCAAAAGUUAUUCUUCUGUUUCAGCAGAUUGAAGGAGUAGAUGUAUGCCUUUUCGGAAUGUAUGUCCAGGAGUUUGGCUCGGAAUGUGGCUAUCCAAAUCAGGGUUGCGUAUAUAUUUCGUAUCUUGAUUCUGUCAAGUAUUUUAGGCCUGAAAGAGAGACUAUGACUGGAGAAGCUCUUCGUACCUUCGUUUACCAUGAGAUAUUGAUUGGAUACCUUGAUUUUUGCAAGAAACAAGGUUUCACAACUUGCUACCUAUGGGCUUGUCCACCUUUAAAGGGGGAUGAUUAUAUACUAUAUUGUCAUCCUGUCACUCAAAAAACUCCAAAGAAGGAUAAACUACGGAAUUGGUAUCAUUCAAUGCUAAGAAAGGCUGCUGAAGAAAAUAUUGUUGUUGGUUUAACUAACAUGUAUGAUCAUUUCUUUGUUCCUACUGGAAAUUGUGACUCCAAAGUAUCAGCUGCUUGUUUGCCUUACUUUGAUGGAGACUACUGGUCUGGUGCUGCUAUGGAUAUAGCCAGGAAAAUUGAACAUGAGAGUGGGGGAGAGUAUGAAAAGACGUUGAAGAAACUUGUAACCAAAAGAACUAAGGCCAUGGGACAUGUAAAUCCUUCAAAAGAAACUGCCAAAAACAUUCUAGUAAUGAAAGAACUGGGCCAAAUCAUUUUGCCUGUCAAGGAAGAUUUCAUCAUGAUUCACUUACAGUCUGUAUGCAUACACUGCCAUGAAGUGAUAGUGUCUGGGAAGCGAUGGUUUUGCACUGAAUGCAAGAAAUUUCAGGAGUGUGAAAGAUGCCAUACUAGUAACUCGCACACUUCUAUUGGUGGCAAGAAGCAUACACUUUGUCAGGUCCUCAUGAAUGAUAUCAUUUUUGAUACUAAGGAGAAUGAUAUCAUCCUUGAUAAUGGGUUAUUUGAGGAUAGGCAGAAGUUUCUGAGCUUUUGCCAAAAGAAACUGUUUCAGUUUGACACACUCCGCCAAGCCAAGUAUUCUUCAAUGAUGAUACUUCAUCAUCUAAAGAAUCCUACUGUGCCAGUUGGAACAAAAUGUAGCAUUUGUUUUAAACACAAUAAUGUAUUGCAAUGGAACUGGAAAUGUGAGAUUUGCCCAGAGUUCACUGUCUGCUUUGCAUGCUACAAGGAGAGAGGCGCUAUUUGCCAUGUACACAAGUUGAGUAGAACUUGUUCAGGGAACAAAGAGUCAAUGCAGAACUUGAUGCAGGAACUGCAGGAUGUUAUACUGCAUGCAUCCCAAUGUCACUCAACCAGAACUCGACCAUGUACUUACCCUCACUGUCUUGAAAUUAAAAAGCUGUUUUCUCAUGCAAGUAGAUGCACCAUUCGAGUUUCAGGGGGCUGCCAAUAUUGUAUGAAGGCGUGGAUGGGAAUCACUGCACACUGUAGGAAUUGUAAAGAUUCAGGAUGUGGCGUCCCACGCUGCAUGUGUGGAUAUGAAGAAGCAUGCACGACGGAUAGGAAUGCAAUGAAUCGCAGUGUAGAGCUGCAGUUGUGGAGAGAAACAAAGCACCCACUACUCAUUGAUAACUUUCUCCAUGUAUAUAUUGAUUGA